AUGUUCCAAUUUCUUUCUCAAAGCAAGGCUGCUCCAGCCACCACUGACGUACCUCGUGCCCUGCCAGCAUCUUGGUACCGAGAACCUGCUAUGUACGAGUUAGAAAGGCGAGCCGUGUUCUCCAAGCGGUGGCUCCUAGUCACUCAUAAGAGCCGAUUCAACAAGACGGGAGAUUAUGUCAGAUAUCAGGAAGCCGGCUUCUCUUUCUUCCUCUGUCGAGAUAGGGAAGGUAACCUGAAUGGUUUCCAUAACAUCUGUCGUCAUCGUGCAUAUCCUGUUAUCACUAAAGACGAAGGCAAUGCUAAAAUUCUUGCUUGUCAAUAUCAUGGCUGGUCAUACGGUCUCAGUGGUAAACUCGCAAAAGCUCCUCGGUUUGAGAAUAUGGAUACUUUCGACAUGGAUAGCAGUGGUUUGUUCAAGGUUCACGUCUAUGUUGACCAUAGAGGCUUUGUAUGGAUCAACUUUGACGGCAAUGAAACGCCAGUGCCAUGGGAUGCCGAUUUCAAGGGUGCCGACAAGCAACCCAGACUUGAUAGCUUCGAUAUGGAUGAUUACUCCUUCGACCAUGCCUGGGACAUGAAUGGGAACUAUAACUGGAAGACUUUAGUCGACAAUUACAACGAGUGCUAUCACUGCUCGGUGGCUCAUCCUGGAAUCGCUGCUACUUCUGAUCUCAAGACGUACAAAGUCGAGACCAAGGGAGGGCAAAUCCAACAUUACGUGCAAGACAAACCAGGAAAAGAAUCUGGCCUCGAUGUCGCACCGACCUUUUUCUUCCCCAAUGCAUCAGUUACCAUGACAACCAAAUACUUCUAUCUCAUGCGUGUUGUCCCAACAUCAGCAACCACAACAUCAAUGCAAUACGAAGUCUAUCGCCACAAAGACGCAACAGAUGAAGAGUUCCAAGAAAUUGACCAGUUCUUCAAGCAAGUUGAAUCUGAAGACAAAGACCUUUGCAAUGCGGCCCAGAAGAACCUUAACGCAGGGGUCUAUGUCACAGGAGACCUGAAUUCGUUUAACGAAAAGGGCGUGUUAUACUUUCAGAGAUUGCUCAAGAAUGCAGUUGUUCAGCAUCGAAAGGAGGAGCAAAAGAAUGGCAAGGAGAUUUGGCCAGCAACGCGUAUUGCAGCAAGAAGUGGAAUCCAGGAAGAGGUUGACUUUUGUCAGGGGCUUUGUCAGUCGACGAACAAAGAAGUUGAAUGGUGA